UGGUCGGCCUACUCACCACGCUAGCCGUUCGAUCCCCUCCCCUCGCCGCCUGCCCUCGUUGUCGGCCGCCUGCCGCCGCCAUCUCACGGCCUCCUACCUUCCCUCGUGGUGGGCUCCACCGCGGUCUGGUUCGUCUUCGAUCGUGUGGGAUACAGCUUCCUCUCCGUCCUCUUGAAAGCUAUCAGAGCAAGCAAGCCAGCCACUUUACCUAGCUAGUGUUCCGGCUGAUUCCACUGGCGACGAUUCGAGGUAAGGAAUUAGCUAGUAGCCAAAAACACCAACAUCAAGUUACUAUCAAGCUUGCACUGGCAACCAUAUAAAGUUAAUGAGUUAUUGUUGGUCCCAACAAUGUUGAGCUGUGAGUCACGAGAGGGAUUUUGAUAUUAGUCAAGGCUCCAGAAGUAUUGUCUAGUGGUACUGCUUGCUUUAUGUGGAUGGAAGUUAAGCUGCCUGCCUGCUGCUGUAUGUUUACUUGGGUUGCUGGAUACCAGUCACAAUAAUUGUUCCAGGCCUUAGAUUUAAAAAGCAGGGUGGCUUCAUAUUUGUUUUGGACUGCGUUGAUGUUAUUCUUAUUCAGUGCAAAGAUCUAGAGAUACAGAGUGGCAUAUCCACAGUCUGAUACUCUGAUUAAGUUACAAUUAUCUAUCUAGUGGCUGAAGAUCCAGGGAUACAGAUAUCUAUCUAGUGACUAUCUUGUUUCUGUUAUUACUCUGUACUGAGUGGCUUUAUGCCUCUAUUUUUGUCUGUUGAUGUUGGUCAUCGUUCAUAUUCUACUUCAGUAUCUUGAAACGUAAGUCAUUAUGUAUGAUCUGGUAACUUGACAGUAGUAAUUGCAUUUGAAUUUUAAGAAAUGUAAUCAAGUUUCCUCAUUGCUCAAAAUUGAUAUGGUCUUCAUUUUGCAAUGUCUCUAAUUGGUAUUUAUUUUUUCUGUGAUUUUGCAUGAUAUUUUGUGAUCAGCAAUGUACAGUGUACCUCUAUUGUAACUAGGCUAUGUGUCGUCCAUUCAGAGUGGUAUACUAAAUUAUAUCUUCAUGGAUGUUUGGUAACUUAGCGGUAUAUUCACUAUACUACUUUUGUCAACAUAUUUUUCUUGUAUUGAUUUUUAUCUAAUAUACAAUUUUUCGAAGUAUAGAUUGGAUUUUUAUUGGUGAUUCGGUACAACCAAAAAGGAUUUCCGGUAUUUAUGUAAUUUUGGAACAUUUCUGAUAUUAUCACUUAACCUUCACGUUAUCAUCAUAAAACUACUUUUGUCUGUACUGAUUUGUCUCUUACGAUGCCACCCCAUUUAGAACCUUGUCCUGUGUCCGCCAUUGGUCGGCGCUGCAGUUUGAGAAGCACGUGGGGGCGGAGUCGAAGAACCAGAACGGUAACAUCCUCCUCAUCAACGACAAGUUGCUCUACGACCUGUUCCACGAGCUCAGAAAUUGGCCCCCUUGUGCGGAGGAGUUUUGGGCGACCGCCGGGGUACUCAUGACUGUGCCUGCCACCGAAGCCUCAUCUGCGCCGCAGGGGCAGCAAGCAGGCGCGCCCGCUAGCUGGGAACCCAACGGGGUUCAGGUUGACGGCGUGACGGUGGAUCCCCCUUUGCCUGGACGGGGAGCCAUGGUGAUGCUGACCGAGGAGGAGAAAGCCAGCUUGUGUCUGCUUGGUUUGAAUUUUUAAGCAGGCAAAGCAGUUCCACGGCUGAGUUGGACACUAUAUGCGGCAUUGAAGGGCCUGCUGCGGAACAGAUCAAAGAUGAAGCAGGUGGUGACCAUGUGAUGCACGAUGCUCUAGUGGGAGUGACAGAAACAGAGUAUCAGCUAGACAGUGACCUUAGAGAUGUUAGAGGACUGCUGUCCACUGGACUUCUUGAAGGUUUCAGGGUGACCUACAUGAAGGAUGAGGUGGAGGAGGUUGGACGGAUAAAUGGACAGGGUUAUUCUUGUGGCUGCUCAAAGUGUAAUUACAAUAGUAAUAUUAUGAAUGCGUGCGAGUUUGAGGAGCAUUAUGGUCAGUCAUUUGACAACCAGAUUGAUCACAUCUUCUUGGAUACCGGGAUUUCUCUAUUCAGGGUGGUGGAAGCACUGAAACCUUGUAAGCUUAACAUGCUUGGGGAUUUCAUUGAAGAGAAGAUUGGUUUCCCUCCUAAUUUGGAUGAGUAUAACAAGUGGAAAGCUUCAUUUCAGAAGAGAAAAGAUUAUUUAGAUGCUGUGGCUUCAGAUGGUUGUUUGACUCAGAGUUCACAGGGGUUGGCUGCAGGGGAGAUGAUUUACAGUUUGAGAGAUUACUUGAAAGAUUCUGUCAGCAAUAGCAUCUCAAACCUUAACUGGAGUGCAUCUAAAAGGCGGUCUGGGAGACGGUUUAGACAAGGAGACACUGGGACUUCAACUCCAACCUUUAGCGGAAGCCCAGGCAAAGGGGGUUUUGGCCACUCUACUGACACCUCAGAGAAGAAAGGCACUGAAGAAACUCACAGUGAGAACACAGGAGACCCUCUCAGCAUCGAUGGUGUUAAGUCUGAUUCUCCAUUACCUACUGCAGUAACCACUAACCACUCUAAACACGAUUCAACAAAUUUAGGGCUUUCUUUAUCAAGUCCAGUAAAAAUCACGCAAAGGCCACUCCGAAACUGCAGCAUAGACUCAAAGUCAAAAGAAUCAAAAACAAGGGAUACCACUUUGCAUCCACUGAUUUUCAAGGAGGAUGGCCUUGCAGAUAAUACUUUGUUGACUUACAAGUUAAAGAAUGGAGAGGCUCUAAAGCAAGGGUAUAAACGGGGAACAUGCAUCAUCUGUAACUGUUGCAAUCAAGAGUUUUCUCCUUCCCACUUUGAAGAACAUGCUGGCAUGGGGAGAAGACGGCAACCGUAUCACAACAUUUAUACAUUAGAAGGAUUAUCACUUCAUAAGCUAGCUCUGCAACUGCAAGAUCAUUUGAAUCCAAAUGGAUUCGACAAUGCUAGUGUUUCCAGCGUCAGUGACUACCAUAACCUUACUUCUUCAGGUUGUGGCAGAGAACCUUCUACUACCAGUGGACCUAUUGUUCCUCUGAAACGGACUUUACAAGAAAGAGUGGUAGAAACAGAGAGUUGCUAUUUCUGUGGGUAUGGCCACACAACGAUUGGAAAUAUCAAUCCAGACACGAUUAUUUUCUGUAACCAGUGCGAGAGACCAUGCCACAUCAAAUGUUACAACAAUAGAGUUGUAAAAAAGAAGGUGCCUCUGGAAAUUUUGAAAGAAUACAUGUGUUUUCACUUCUUGUGCUGCCAAGAAUGUCAAUCACUCCGUGCCCGUCUAGAAGAAGGACUGGAAAAGUGUGUAGGGAUUACCUUCCUUAGACGGAUAAGAUCUAAUAUUUGUUGGCGACUUUUAAGUGGAAUGGAUGCAAGUAGGGAUGUCAAACUCUACAUGCCUCAGGUCAUUGAUAUCUUCAAAGAUGCAUUUAUGGAUUCUACUGAUGAGCACAGUGACAUCAUCUCAGACAUGGUUAAUGGCAAAAAUGGAGACCAAGAGAAGGAUUUUCGAGGAAUGUAUUGUGCACUGUUAACUGCAAGCACACAUGUUGUCUCUGCUGCGAUUCUGAAAGUGCGCAUCGAACAAAUCGCAGAACUUGUCCUCAUUGCUACUCGUAGCGAGUGCAGAAAAAAGGGUUACUUCAUACUUCUCCUAAAGUCGAUCGAGGCAAAUUUGAGAGCCUGGAAUGUAAGCCUUCUUACUGCGCCUGUUGACCCUGAAAUGGCACAAAUCUGGUCAGAGAAGCUCGGGUUCACCAUUUUAUCAGCUGAAGAGAAGGAGUCAAUGCUGGAGUCGCACCCCUUGGUGAUGUUCAAGAACCUAGUCUUGGUGCAGAAAUCACUUGCUUGAGCAAAUCUGAUCUAUGUUUGUUUGUACUACUUUAGAAAUGAAAACCCGGUUUCGAGAGCUUAGACAGUACGGGGUUAGGCCGUGUUAAGUCAUUUUGUUUAUUAUUUAGAUUUAAAAUAUUUUUAAACUAUUUAAAUAUAUAUUAUAAAUUAUAUCUCUACGCUUGAGCGGGAAACUGGAACAGUCCCAAACACUCCCAUAGAGUUUAGACGGACUAGAUGUUCGUGUAUUGUUACGGUUUUAUGUCACAUGGACACAGAUAGAUUUUGUUUUAAUAAAUAAAAUAUAUGUGCUCUAA